CAGAAACAGGGGAGAGAAGAAUGUGAAGUCAGGAUGGCCGUUGCAAGCCCGGGGCUGUGUGCUUUCUUCUUCAUUCUUCUUCCUGCCAUUGCUGCUGAAAGCGGCAUGGAAGACUAUUCAGGCUCUGGCACCUGUGCAGAAAGUGAAAUGGACACCGACUUCACGUGUGUCAUUCGAAUGCCAGAGUUCAGAAAAAAUAUCUUACUUUGCAACAUCAUGAGGACUGGGAUGAACCUGAGUGAGGCUAACGCUCGGUUUACUCUGUAUGGAAAACCACCCUCCAGCUGCUUAAUGGAGAGCCAGCUGCAAGGCAAAUGUCCUUUGAAAAAUGUUGAACUCAUUAGACCCGUGGAAGUUUGCUUGAGCGUGACGACGAUACAGCAAUGCGUGGAAUGCAAGACCUUGAAAGCAAGAGAUAUCGUUAAACCCGAAGCACCUUUUGACUUAGGAAUUAUCUACGAAGAAGAGGCAGAUGAGUAUUUCGUUAAUUUCUCAACUCCACACAAUGGACCGUAUCUUGAGGGGAAACUAACGCAUGAACUAGCGUACCGGCAGCAAAACAAACACUGGACUUCCAGACAGACUGAAUUCCUGACGUUAAAAUUUCUGGCAAAGGAAUUUCAGCUGGGAACAUAUGAGAUGAAAGUCCGGUCCAAGCCCAAUGGCAAAGAUUUCAAGGGCACGUGGAGUGAAUGGAGCUCUUCGCAAUUCUUCGAAACUGCAGCAAAAAAUUAUAAUAGCAACAUUAUCGCGGUGGCUGCAUCCAUUUUAUGCUUCUUUGUGCUCUUCGCUGUGAUUGCUCUAAUCCCAAUACUUUGGAAAAACAGAAUAAAGCCUGCUGUGUGGCCCACCCUCCCUAACAAUAAGAAAACUUUGGAUAAACUCUGCCACAAACUAAGAAAGAAUUCCCACGUAAGCUUCUUCAGUCCUGAGAGUUUGGAAUACGUUCCCAUCCACAAGGUGGAUAGCAUUCGGGCCAAGUCAGAACAUUUGCUGCUUGCCUGCGAUUCUGAUGUUCCAGCAAAGAUGGGGAAUGGGCUGGAACAGAAGAACCUGGUUCAUAUCAACCAUGGGUGGCUGAAACUGCCUCUGGCAUAUGAAGGAAUGUGGCCGGCUGAGAUGCUGGAUAAGCAUGUGGGCAGAAGACUCCUCGCUCCUGAUGGUGACACAUUAAUCAAUGCCAACCGAUACGAGGAAGGUGGUGUUGGCGACCAAGAUGGCAGUAGUGAUGCUCUCCUCAACCAUGCCAGUUCUUCUACGCAUCCCGCCACCAUCCUGCCUGGACCUGAGUCCAAUAACUGUCUUCAAGCUUACACAGAUGUAACAGUUCCAAAUAAAGAAGAGGCCUAUGUCACAAUGGCGAGUUUUUUCGAAAACAAGGGGAAUUUUCAAAACUAGCAGUUCCAGCACAUGGAAUGAUUGGGCUCUCCAAGUAUCAUUUUUGGGGCAUUGACCAGAUCAGUGAGAAGAUUACACCAGUCUUGAAGUUAACCGCUAGCCUGGUAGCCGUAGGUGACUAGGAAUUCCAUGGAGGAGAGUGUUCCAUGCAUAGAAACCAUGGGUGCUGCUAGAGGAAAUAAGUCUUGUCCUCAGUGUCCAACUUCUGUCAGCCAUCAGCAAGCAAGUGACUUUUCACAGCAUCAUAGAAUUGCAGAGUUGCACGGG